CACAACCACUCUCAACUAUGCCUUCAACAUGGCACCGGCUUCAUCUGUCUCAUGAAGGCCUGCCUCCGUUGCUCUUUCAAUAUACCUGGACUCAACAAGGCUAUGAAAUCUACAUCACCGAUCUCACCUAUGUUUGGGCGGAACGGUUGUUCUAUGAGGACAUUGCCAAAAGAGCAGAGGAAGAGGCCGCAACGAUCGACCCCGGAGAAGAUCCAGAACAGCUCAAGGUCCUCUUGGAGAAGAUUUGGGAAGCUCUACAGAGGGGCAAAGAAAGUACAGUGCUAAGCAGUGGAACGCAAACCGCCUCGCUUGAAAUCACAACAACAACCAAGCUACCGGCCCCGUUGAGGCCUCUAAGAUGGACUUUGAAGCUUUCAAAGGAGCCCUUGUCCUCUGCGACGAGUCGUCUACUCAUUCCACUGCUGAAAGAGGAGGCAGAUAGGGAGUCGCGCCAGCGCUCUCUGCUCAAUCAGAUCAAGCAGAAAGACUACGUGCUGGGCAAGUUGUUUGACAAAAUUGAAACCCUUGGCACUGAGCUGGGGUCUGUGUUUCCGAGCGCUGCAGGAUUACGUACAUCUCGCAAAGGCAGUACCCGGUCCGAAGCUGGCAGAUUCGUGAAAGGCAUUGCGCCCUUCGACGAGGAGGCCUGGCUCGCCGAAGUAGGAUCAUCCAAUAGCUCAGGAUUUGGAAUCAACCUAUUUCAGGAGAUUUCAGAAUCAGGCAAUGUCGAGGAUUUGGAGAACAUUAAUCAACACGGUGAAUGGUGGCGUCAACUUCAAAAACGCCCUCAGAACCAUACGAGAGAAGCCACUCCUCUCGAAGAAGAGGAAAUCGCUGCAACUCCAAAGAAGCAGAAUAGAGCUGUCCAGCCACAACCUCAUGAUGAGGAAGGCGAAUCAACGGCAAGCAGCGAUCUCGAUGAAUUUGAGCGACAAGAAACACCUCCCCAUCUUAAGCACCAACAUGUCAAAGAAUCCGUUCCCUCACCAAGACCAAAAGCCAAAAAGAAAAGCCCAUCUCCACCAGGUCCGUCAGAAGCAGACGAAGCUACAGCAUCAGACACCGACCCUGAGCCAGCACCAGCACCACGCAAAGGCCGUAUGCCAAUUAGUCCAGCUGAGCCUGAGUCUGAGCCUGCUGCUCCAGCUUCACCUCCACCCAAGGCCCGGGAAGCCCCAAAGAAGCCAAGAGGCGGGUUGGGUGUUAUUGAGCCAGCCCCUUCUCCGCUGAAGCCCAAGGAACAACCAAAUUCACCGAAAGAAGAAGGAAGCGAUGACCGAGUUCGUCCAACAUCCUUAGCACCGUCGCCAGCAAUAGCCAAACCAAACCGCACCGGAAAGCUGGGCAUGAUAGGCGGUAAAGCCAAAGCCAGACAAACACCCCUAGACACGACUCCUCCAGCUACAUCCCAAACCGUGGUUGCCUCACCUGAGAAGACAUCUCCCGCCAAACCCAAACCCGCCCAGGGUGAUAAUACUACCGAGACGACAGCUCGGCAGACUAUGAAGCGGGAAGAAUCACCAUUACGCAAACCAGUCGCCGAGAAAGGUAGCACCAAUCCUCCACCAGGACCAGAGACAGAAGAUCAGCGAGCUUCUCGGAAACGCGAGGAAUUGAAACGGCAGCUUGAGACGAAGAGCAAAGCCCCAGCCAAGAAAAAGCGGAGGUUUUAA